AUGUUCUUAUCAAUAUUCUUGCUCUUCAUCUACUUAGCACAAUCUACUACAACAACAACAACAUAUGAUGGUAUCAUCCGUCGAUCAACUGAUGGUACUUCAUAUGCAUAUCUUUCUCCGCCAAGAUCAGCCAAUCAUGCAGCAUUUAUCGAAGAAAUAACAUCAUCUCAUACUUUAUCUGUUGCUUGGUUUUCAGGUAGUGAAGGUACUCCGAAUUGUUCAAUUGCACUAUCACUUUUACAAUUUGGAUUACAACAAUUUACUCCAGGUGUUAUUGUCAGUGAACGUGUCAAUUAUUCAAAUCAAAAUCCAGUUCUUUUUUGGAAUAAUCAAACCCAAUUGUUACAUUUAUAUCAUUCAUCGCAACUAGGUAAUGCAGGUGAAACUAAUUCUGAAAUAUGGCAUCUACAAAGUAAAGAUCAAGGUAUAACAUGGUCAACACCUGAAUCAUUUUAUACUCUACCAGGUGCAUUUGAUCGUAAUCGUAUUAUUCCUACAUUAAACAAUGAUGGACUCAUAUUGCCAUGUUAUAAUUCUUCACCAGAGACUGACUAUUCAUUUAUACUUCGAUCAUCAUCAAACACAACUGAAUGGAUUCGUACUGAUAUAGAAAAAAGUGAUAAUCUUAUUCAACCAACAAUCGUUCGUUUAAAUAAUUCAUCACACUUGCGAGCAUUUUUUCGAGAUGAAAAUAACGUUGCCAUUUAUUACUCGGAUAGUAAUGAUGAUGGAUUAACAUGGUCAAAACCAAUACCAACUUCAUUACCAAAUGAUAAUUCAGGAAUUCAAGCAUAUACACUUCGAAAUGGAGGUAUUAUCAUGGCAUUUAAUAAUCUCACUGCAGGAGAACCUCGAUCACCAUUAACAGUAGCACUAUCAUAUGAUAACGGCAUGAGUUGGCCAUAUCAACGAAAUAUUCAAGUUCAUGAUGACGAUAAUAGUACAAUUGUUGGAGAUUAUUCAUAUCCAUCAUUAUUACAAACUUCUUGGAGUGGAAGUGAUGAUAAUGAUAUUCAUUUAGCAUAUACAUAUGGGUUAAAAACAAAAAGAACAAUAAAAUAUGUUCGAUUCAAUGAAAAAUGGGUUAGACAAGGUCAAUAA